CCUUCUCUUACGUCACACGGUACGGAGCACGUACAGAGUAAGAGAGAACUCAUUCUCGGAAUUUCUUUGAGGAAAACUAGUUGAAAAUAUCAGUCAUCAUGUUGAAAAACGGAAUUCAGAGGUGUCUCUUGAGGGCACAAUCGAUAAAGAGUUUCUCAACUUCGUGUCAGGCCGACUCUAAAGUAGCUGUGCUAGGUGCAUCUGGAGGAAUCGGCCAACCACUAUCACUGCUUUUGAAGGAGAGUCCCUUGAUCAGCCAGUUGGCUCUGUAUGAUAUUGCACACACACCAGGCGUUGCUGCAGAUCUUAGCCACAUUGAAACUAGGGCCAAUGUUACAGGUUACCUAGGCAAUGACCAACUCGGUGAUGCUCUCAAAGGAAGUGAUGUUGUUCUUAUACCAGCUGGUGUCCCUAGGAAGCCAGGCAUGAGCCGUGAUGACCUGUUCAGUACGAAUGCAUCUAUUGUGAGGGAUUUGUGCAAGGCAGCGGCGGAAACUUGUCCUCAAGCUAUGCUUGGAAUCAUCACCAAUCCAGUUAAUUCAACAGUCCCGAUAGCAUCAGAGGUUUACAAGCAAGCUGGUUGCUACGACCCUUCCAAAAUCUUUGGUGUGACCACGCUGGAUGUGGUGCGUGCCAAUACGUUUGUUGCCCAAGCCAAGAGUCUGGAUGUUUCUACAGUUAAUGUCCCAGUCAUAGGUGGUCAUGCUGGGGUCACGAUCAUACCUCUCCUCUCACAGACUGCACCAAAAGUCAGCUUCACUGAAGACGAGCUGCCAUCUCUCACUGAACGCAUCCAGAAUGCAGGAACUGAAGUUGUGGAGGCCAAAGCUGGAGCUGGUUCAGCCACCCUUUCUAUGGCAUUUGCUGCAGCAAGAUUUUGUUUCUCUCUUCUUCAAGCUAUCAAUGGAAAGGAAGGUGUUGUUGAGUGUGCUUUCGUCAGAUCCGACUUGACGGAGUCACCGUACUUUGCCAACCCUAUCCUCCUUGGGAAAACCGGUAUGGCGAAAAACCUUGGAUUUGGUGAGCUAUCCGACUUUGAGAAGCAGCGUGUAGAGGAGGCCAUGGGUGAACUCAAAUCAAGUAUCAAGAAGGGAGAAGACUUUGUCGCAUAAAAACCUUUCUAUUCACACAGAGUUUUAUAUAUUGCGUCUGACGCUACUGAUUUUUAGCAAGGUAACGGUUUCAGUGUACAAAAUGAUGAUAGCAACACCUGGUUCCUUAGAAGUAAUAUGAUUUGAGGAAAAAUUGUUCAAUUAUUUGUGUUGAAGUGUAUGAAUAAAAUGAUUGUACUUCCUCUUUUUUGUUGUUGCCAAGUGCUACACAAGACAGAAGGCCUACGGAUUGAAAUAAGUCUUAUCAUUAUUGGUAGGAGGAGUUGUUUUAGACAUAAAUGUCAAUCAUUGAUACAUGUAUUUGGCAUUCUUUAUAUUAGACUUUUCAAGUUAUAUUCAUUGAAAGAAGUAAAAAAUAAAUGAAAUCAGUUUAAUCGCUACAGAUUGUAAUUUAUUAAUGAGAUUGUUGAAAUUUGGUCAACUCAAAAAACAUGUUGUCUGAAAAUUCUCAUAGAGAUUUUCAGUUCUUUAAUAUAUUUAUAACGAGUAUGUUAGCAGCCUAUUUUCAGAGGUAUAGAUAUUAAUGGUGCUAGCUUUCAUACCAGGUGGGCGUUUCAUAAAGCUGUAUGUAAAUUACAAGCCACUUUAUGAACAACUGGUGAUCCUUUUUAGAAGCUGAAUAAACACCAAUGAAAAUUUGUGCACAUAAUUUACCACAAGAAAGGACCACCAGUUAUUACAGUUGCUUGUAAGUUAAGAACAGGUUUAUGAAGCACCCACUGGGUAACAAGAUGAAUUGGUCGAACUAAGUUUGUCAUUCACGUAGGCAUUGUUCAAUGUUAGGCAAAAGGUCAAAGAUUUACUCCUAUCCUUGCGAAUCUUGUCCCAGUUAUCAAAUGAGAAGGUCCGGUUAAAGAAGAGAAAACAAUUCAAAACUUGUAAGAGGAUACCCCAUGUGAAGGGAGAGGUACACAAUGACGUAAUAACUAGUGGAUCAAAUGUCAGCUAGUGGUUUCACCAGCUUGUCUAUUUGUGAUGAUUCCUUUCAGAUGUUAACAAUAUCCUCAAAUGAUAUUAAUGCAUUAAAGAAGGUAUCAGAAAACUGCA